AUGGAUUUCGCCGCGUUAAUGUCAAAAGAAAUCGCCAAGGCGAAAGGACCAACGACCUCCAGCUCCGGCUCAGACGCAAAUGGUUCAUCAAAACCCCAAGGGAAAAAGUAUCUUCGCCGCGCAGACGAGGAAGCCGCCCGAAUAGCUGCCUACAAUGAGGAGCAGGCCCGUAUAAAGAAAGAGCGCGAAGAGCGCAUGGCUCACAAGCGCAAGCUGGAAGAAGAAGAGGCAGAGCGACGCUUGGAACGAGAAGAGAAAAAACGACGGCUUGCGGAGGAGUCACGAAAGAAGAGAGAAGAGGAGGAAGCUGCUAAGGAGCGAGAGCGACGCAAACGCAUUGGUUUGCCUGAGGUGCCACGCACACCGAGUGAGACAGAAACGCCAGAGAAGGAAGGUGAAGGGGAAGAUAUCAGCGAAGAAGAGCUUACGGAGAAGUUGAGGGAGCUGGGAGAACCUAUUCGCCUAUUCGGAGAGACUCACAACAGUCGUCUACGGCGGUACAAGAAACUACUCGAGCGCUCACUCGAGGUUAAGAAGAUGUCCGAUGGGCCGAUCCCAACAACGCUGGAGCCUGUUCCUGAGGUGGAAAUGAAGAUUCCAACAAAAGUUCCAAAGGAUGCUGAGGGUCGCCAGUUCCUGUUCCGCCAGCUGGCGUCGUAUUUCAACAUGGUGCUUUUCGAAUGGGAGCUUGCGCUGGCCAAGCGAGAUGUAUCGGUGAAGCAGAGUCUUCAGGGACGACAAGCUUAUAACGCCUUGGUGCAGUCGCGGGAGAAUAUGACACCGCUGUUUCGCAAGUUCGAAAAGGCUGAUGUCGACAACAGCGUGCUUGAGCACAUUGUGGAAAUCGUCCACAAGGCCCAGCAGCGGAAGUACAUGGAUGCUGGCAAUGCCUACCUUCGUCUGAGUAUCGGAAAAUCUGCGUGGCCCAUUGGUGUUACCAUGGUUGGUAUCCACGAGCGUUCAGCACGAGAAAAGUUGCACCAGGGUGAUCAGCAAGCCCAUAUUCUAAGUGACGAAAUUACGCGCAAAUAUCUUCAAAGCAUCAAGCGGUGCCUCAGCUUCGCUCAGACCCGCUGGCCCCCAGAGGACCAGCUGCAAAUCAUGGGCUGA